CGAGCUCAAGAGCUUGUCCGCUCCUGCUCUUCACAAAACUGAAAAGCCCUACACUGAUUCUUACAUUCUCGAAACACUGUAUAGUAUAUUCUACAAGAGAGAUUGAAACAUCAGAAACAUUUGGCGCUAAUUUAGUGUCUCAGCUGUGAGGAUCGACAAAUGGAAGGAAGGAGGGUGAGGAGGAGCGGGAGAGGACAAAGCAAUCAAACUCUUUUGCCCUUGCGCGCACGCCGCCUUUCCAACACCAUUUCUUGUUGGUAUUGUGACUUCAAGUUCUCUAUGUUGAACGAGCCCCUCUUUCUUUUUGGACGACGACACUCUAGGUACUUGAGAUCUUGGUUUGCCAUGGGGGUUGGUUUUAGUUUGGCUGCAUUGCUUGGAGUUACUCUGAUUCUUCUCUGGGAAUUGGGCAGAAUUCUGCAUCCAUACAAUGAGGAGUCCCAAUUCAUCAAUUUAUUAAGUGGCUCUUUAUUUGGUUUUUCUUCUGGGCUUUCAGGUUUGACCAUCUCAGUUGCUGACAUUGGAUACUUGUGUAUAUCUACCAUUAUCUCUGUAUCUGUGCAUGAACUUGGGCAUGCUCUUGCUGCUGCAAGUGAGGGCAUACAAAUGGAGUAUAUUGCUGUGUUUUUGGCAGUACUAUUUCCAGGAGCUCUGGUGGCAUUUAAUCAUGAGAUAUUGCAGGCAUUACCUAAAUCUGCUGCUCUUCGUAUAUACUGUGCUGGAAUUUGGCAUAAUGCAGGACUUUGUGCUGUUUGUGCCAUUUCAUUGUUCAUCCUACCAUUGAUCUUGUAUCCAGUUUACAUACAUGGUGAAAGACCCAUGGUUUUAAAUGUGGCCUCAACAUCGCCAUUGUCUAGAUACCUGUCUCCAAAUGAUGUGAUUCAUUCUGUAGAUGGAAUCCGCAUUAACACUGUUCAAGAGUGGCUGCAGAUUGCUACUUCAUUAACUGAGCAGGAAUACCAAGGCAAUUACAGUGCUUUUAAAUCCAGUAGUGGAAAAGGGUACUGUGUUCCUAAUUCAUUGCUUGAAAAGAGAAUUCAUGUUCAAUUGAGAGGCAACGAGACAACUUGUCCAAAUGAUCUUAUUGCCUUUGUAGCAACAUCUUGCCCGGAAUUGAAAUUUUCAGGUGAUUGGCAAAUGGAAAAUAUUUAUUGCUUGUAUGCUAAAGAUAUUUUAAAGCUUGAGAAAUGUGGAGAUGGAUGGACAAAAAGUUCUGACAAUAGAAGCAGCUGCUUGUGCUCACAGGAGGAAUCUUGCCUUGCUCCAGUCCUAUUGCCAGGCGUUGCAUGGGUUGAGAUCACAUAUUUGAGGCCUUUUAUGCCAGGAUGUUAUCAGUUUCAAAGAACUCAUUUUCUAGAUGAUAAGAAUUCUGAUUUUGGUGACAAAGGUUGCUUCCAGAGCUUUGUAUUUAUUGGUGAUGUGGAAUCUUUGUUGGAUUCAGUUCAUAUGACUUCAUAUCAGCCUCGUUGGCCAACUAAAUUUGGUGCACAAUUUCCAAAUGUUCUGGAAAAGCUUUUGAUGUUUGUGUUUCAUGUCUCUCUGACACUUGCUCUUCUCAAUAGCUUACCGGUAUAUUUUCUUGAUGGUGAAUCCAUUUUAGAGUUAUUGUUGCAGUAUCUAAGGUUCUUGAGCCCAAGGAAGAGGAGAGUGGCUCUUAAAUGUUGCCUACUUGGAGGGACCUUCAUCACCACCCUAAUCAUUUUCCGGGUUUUUGUUUCAUUUUAAGGUAUUAUCAUACAGUAUUGUCCAAUCCUCCAUCUCUUCAUUGAUUUUGAUACCAGAUUAGAAAUCAUAUAAUGUUUUUCUUUAACACAUGUCACUGAAUUUGUACUUAAAUUGCUCAAAAUACAUCAUAGCUUUAAUAGAGUUGUCUCUAUGCAUGCUGAUUUGAGGCAUCAUCUUUAAGCGAUUUGUUAGCUCUUUGUAAAUUGGAUGCUGCAUGUAGAUUGAUCUCACCGUUUAAAAUUAUUUAAAUGUAAUUUCUUCUUGUUUUUUAA